AUGACUCUCGAGAACGAGGCAGUAGCCGGGGCGACAAUUGAAUUGCUCGAAUCUCGCCUACGGCGACUCAUCUACCUUCUCACAGGCGACGCAAAUUGGACGGGUGUUCCCACCGCACCCGCGAAGCCAGCUUCUCUCGAUGACAGUGUCUCGCGUCGUCUUCUCAGCCUAGAGCGAGAGCUCGAGAGACUUAGUCGAAACAUUCCCGCGGUGCGGGAUGUACUUCUUCUCCAUGAUCGCUUCCCCGACCUCUUUCGCCCAACACCACCUCAAACCCUCCCCGAAAACUUGACAACCCAGAAUCUCGCCUCAAUUGUGUUAUCGUAUGCUUCUGCAUUUCCAGAGACCGCCUCGCGGCUCACGUCAUUAAACGAUCUGCCGAUCCCGGAUACGCAGACAUCGGCCUCCCUCAUCCAGCUUCAGCCGCGAUUGGAUCAAUUGGCGCAGGUGCAGGAGGAGCAAGCGAAGCAGAUCUCGGAACUACGUGUACGGACAGCGCGAGCUUUACAGCGAUGGUAUGAGGUUGCCUUGGUUGGGGGUGGCGAAUGCUGGGCGGAAUGGGAAGGGCGCCUUGAGGAUGUUGAGCGGGAAGUGAAAAGGGAGGAAGUGAUGAGGCAGCGAAGGGCGAAAGAACUCUGA